AACGUAGUUCUUACUUCUAAAUCUCUACUAAUAAUAACUAAACUAUCUUAUAAUCAAUUACUAAGAUAUACUUCUACUACUUCUAAGUCUCUAUAUAUUAAACUUAGUAAGGGUACACCUAUAAUAGAAAACUUAAGUGAUAGUAUAGACUCUACUUUCUAA